AGGUUUGUAUCUCAGUCCACUAAAGAAGCGUAUGUGAUUUCCCUGUAUAUCAGUAAUCCACUUCUGAUUGGUGGGAAGAAAUUUGAUCUACGCUUAUAUGUAUUGGUAUCUACUUACCGUCCUUUGAGGUGCUAUAUGUAUAAACUUGGGUUUUGCCGAUUUUGCACAGUAAAAUAUACUCCAAGUACAAGUGAAUUGGAUAACAUGUUUGUCCAUCUUACAAAUGUUGCCAUUCAGAAACAUGGGGAUGAUUACAACCACAUUCAUGGUGGCAAAUGGACGGUCAGUAAUCUGCGUUUGUAUCUGGAAAGCACUCGAGGGAAAGAUGUCACAAACAAACUGUUUGAUGAAAUACAUUGGAUAAUUGUACAAUCAUUGAAAGCAGUUGCACCUGUGAUGAACAAUGAUAAACAUUGCUUUGAAUGCUAUGGAUAUGACAUCAUUAUUGAUGACAAGCUUAAGCCAUGGCUUAUUGAGGUUAAUGCUUCUCCAUCUCUUACUUCCAGUACUGCAAAUGACCGUAUACUCAAGUACAAUCUGAUAAAUGACACACUGAAUAUUGCUGUGCCCAAUGGAGAAAUUCCUGAUUGUAAAUGGAAUAAACCGCCCCCCAAAGAAGCUCUUGGGAAUUAUGAAAUUUUAUAUGAUGAAGAGGUGGCCCAAAGUGAAAUGCCAGAUCGAGAUUUGCGAAGUCGCUCUGGACAGCCUGUUGGAUGUAAGGGAAACCGAGCCAGAGAUCCUGGAAAAGCAGGGUAUCUUACUUGGAAGUAGUAGAAUAAACUGAGGUGUGGUUUUUGUUUUUGUUUUGAAAUUCUGUGUGGAUGUCUUUUAAUAUAAUUUAUUUGCUUAAUACUAGUCCAGAGAAAAGAAUAUUGAUCAAAGAUGAGAGGAUAGAGGCAUGUGCAUAUAUUUCAAGUUGAUCAUUAGAUCUAUUGCAGUUUCAACUGCAUACUUAUUAUCAUGCAAGAUUGUUAUGCUGCAUGUUAUAGUAGACACAUGUAAUGAGUUCAUGCAAACAAAGUAGCAUUUUAAUAAAAGAACUCAUUUCCAAGUCACACCACUUUCUUUGAAGUAAUAACUGCUAUCUCAAGCACUGCAACAGAAAUAUGCAUUCCAAGAUUAGUAUAUUUAUUUCUCCCCCCCGAUUGUUCUAGAAUUCUAAGGCAAACUGUUCAAAGCGUAUUUCCCUAUUGCAA